UGAAGCCGGUCCGGUCAGACUCAAUAAACCACUAGUGGCCCAGAAUAAACCGCAAAAAACCAGUGGAACUGUUGACCUGAACCAGUUUUUAUAUGCCCGGGCGGUCAAUUACAAAUACGGUUAUUUUUAAAACAGAAAAAAGAAACCCUAAUUCCUAAUUGUCUCUCCCUCACCGGUAUCAUUUUCUCUCUCCGCCGUGAACGACCAAUCUCUUUCCCUCACUGGAAUCGUUUUUCGCCGUAAAACGCCAUAAUCAUUCAUCUCUCCCUCACUCGGUUAGUACUGUGUAUUAUGUUUUUCUUUGUAAAAAUGUAGUAUGUUUUAUUUAUGUAUAUAGUAUGUGAAUUUAGUGUAGCUUUAUUAAUGAUUCAAAUGCUUACUUAAAUUUUCUACUUAGGUAAAGUAAGAGCAUUUAGGUUUCAUAAAUGGUAUCACGGCAAUAGAGCUGAUCCAGGGUUUGAAUUUCGGUUCUGGAAAUUUUUAACAUUCGUCUGCAAUUGCUAACAAGAGAGGAAUGGAAGAGGCAGAAGAUAACUUAACGAUUGCUACAUUAUUAUUUAAUAUCAAAAAGAAAAAGAAACUGAUCAAGGCAACUAAAGAGAGCAAAACUGUUGCUGUUGUUGUUGCUGAUGAUCCAGUGACAGUGCGAAACAAUGACGGUGGUGGUAGUAAUACCAGUGGUAAUUCUAACCUUAAGGUUUCUCUGUUUGAUUUCUCUGUUGAGAAUUUUUUCCAUGACAUGGACAUCAUUGCCAAACUAUGUGGGGAAGAAGAACACAAUGCUGCUGUUGAGGAAAGUGAGAUCAAGAGAAUGAGUUCUUCUGUCACUUUCUUAAGAGCAUGGAAGGAUUUUAAAUAUCCAUCUAAAAACAUUAGGUUUGCUUAUGGACUUGGGUGCUCUGAAAUUUAUGAGAGAAAUAAUAUCACAGACAUAAACUUACCUCAGUUUUCAUCUGCCAUUAUUCCUAAGUAUGAUACGGAAAAGGAGGAACUACUUGAGGAUGUGGAAUCUCAAGAUUCCAGAGACUUUGUGAUGAAUGUUGGAGGUUCUGUAUGGGCAUUAGAUUGGUGUCCUAGGAUGCACGAGGAGUCCGAUUGUUCAAUUAAAUGCGAGUUCAUUGCUGUUGCGGCUCAUCCACCUGGUUCAUCUUAUCACAAAAUGGGUGCCCCGCUUACUGGCAGAGGUGCUGUGCAAAUAUGGUGUCUUCUAUAUAAUAAGGAACACAACAAAGCAGUAUCUUCUCUCCCCGUGAAGAAGGCAAAAAAACCUACAAAAGACACAGGCACAAAUGACAAGUCGACAGAUAUAAAGAGGCCUAGAGGAAGACCUAGAAAGAAUCCUACUGAAAACAAUGAAGAAAACAAUGAAGAAAACAAUGAAGAAAACUAUGAAGAAAACAAUGAAGAAAUACAUCUUAUUACAAACAAGAGAAAAAGAGGAAGACCGAAAAAAAAUCCAGCUCCAAAUGAGAAUCUUGAAAACAAUGAAGAAAUGCAUGCUAUUACAAACAAGAGAAAAACACGAAGACCGAAAAAAAAUCCAGCUCCAAAUGAGAAUCUUGAAAACAAUGAAGAAAUGCAUUGUAUUACAUACAAGAGGAAAAAUGGAAGAUUGAAAAAAAAUCCAACUGUAAUAGACAUACCAUCUGGUACUGUUCAAUUUGAAGAAAAUUCUAUUGAGUGGCCUGCUCCAAAUGGGAAUAAUGAAAACAAUAAAGAAAAACUUUGUAUUACAUACAAGAGUAAAAAAGGGCCUAGAGGAAAUAAAACCUUGAAAAAAAAAUCAGCACCAAUUAAGAGACCUAAAGAGAAUUCAAAAGAAGUAACAGUGAGUGAUCCAAAUUGUGAGAACCAACUUGUUCCUUUAGCUAUUGAAUUUCCAGAUUCAGCCGAAUUUAUUUCUCCGGAUGUAGUUCAUGGCAAUUCUGAUGAAAAUCAUUCGCAACAGUUUUCUAAUACAAAGGGAAAGAAUAGCAAGAAAGUUGCUUCUGCAUGCGAUUCAGAAACUCCUGUUACAAGGAGUAGGUUGAAUAUUAAUCACAUGGCAAGAAGCUGUAGCCAAGAUGCAAGUAGGCCAUUAUUGAAUCAGUGUGAGGAGGAGGAAGACCAUCAAUCGCAUGGUAGCUCUGUAUUGGAACCUCAAGCAUCUAUAUGUCCCAUUCCACAAAAUGUAGCAUUGCCAAAAUUUGUGUCAUGUUUGGCUCAUAAUGGAAAGGUGGCAUGGGAUGUCAAAUGGCGGCCUCUUAACAAUAUUGAUUCCUCAUGCAACCAUAGAAUGGGCUAUCUUGCUGUCUUAUUGGGCAAUGGGUCUCUGGAAGUGUGGGAGGUUCCCCUUCCUCAUGCACUGAGAGCAAUUUAUAUGCAAAACGAAGGCACCGAUCCACGUUUUUUAAGAUUGAAGCCUGUAUUCAAAUGCUCAACGUUGAAGCGUGGUAGCUUACAAAGCAUUCCUUUGACAGUGGAGUGGUCGGUUACGCCCCCUCAUGAUUAUUUACUUGCUGGCUGCCAUGAUGGAACGGUUGCUCUAUGGAAAUUCUCUACAAAUUCUUCAUCUAAAUGUGUUGAUACAAGGCCUAUACUUUGUUUCGGUGGGGAUACAGUUCCUAUUAGAACGGUUGCAUGGGCUCCUUUUGAAGGUGAUCCAGAGAGUUCUAACAUAAUAGUAACCGCAGGACAUGAAGGUCUUAAGUUUUGGGACCUACGUAAUCCAUUCCGUCCUCUAAGGCUCCUCAAUCCUUCCCAGAGAAUCAUAUACAGUCUGGAUUGGCUGUCAAAACCAAGUUGUAUCAUUAUGUGCUUUGAGGAUGGAACAAUGAAAACCAUUAGCUUGCCGAAGUCUGCAAAUGACCUCCCUGUCACCGGAACUAUAUACAAUGGAAAAAGACAACCAGGGAUGCAUGGUAGUGCAUAUUCAUCUUAUGCCAUUUGGAGUGUUCAAGUGUCACCGAUAACAGGCAUGGCUGCAUAUUGUGGAGCAGAUGGUUCCGCUUUCCGUUUUCAGCUUACUGCUAAAGCAGUGGAGACCGAACAUUUCCGCAAUCGAACUCCAUUCUUUCUAUGUGGGUCGGUAUCUGAAGAGGAAUCAACCAUCAUUAUCAACACUCAAGUAUCAAGCUCUCCUUUCCCAAUAAAGAAAGUGCAAGAUAAAGGCCACCAGGCCCAAUCUUUCCGAGACUUAUUAUCAAAGACAAAUUUAAGCAGAAGUGCAAAUAAUCAAUUGACUAAAGUUUCUAGUAACGAUUCACAGAUUAUAGCCCUUUCUGACGGCGACUCUCCGGAACAACAACCCAAAAGACCAAAACUGAGUAGUAGCAGAAAGAAGAAACCGCAUGAAAGCACGGCUCUUAUUACUAGAGAUGGGAAUACACCCGGAGAUGAUAACGAAAAGCCUGAUUCUGGGAAUAUACCUGAAGUAUUUCCUUCCAAAAAGACAGCAUUGCAUAAAGUGAGAUGGAACUUGAAUAAGGGUAGUGAGAGAUGGUUGUGCUUUGGAGGAGCUAAUGGACUUGUACGUUGUCAGGAAAUUGUUUUCACUGAUGUUGAUAAGAAAAGGGCCUUAAAAAGAUUUUAAUAUUUUAUACACGUAAAUUUUUGGCCUUCAAGUGUGAAUAUGUAGGUAAGAAAUAAUCAGAAUCAAUAUGACUAUGUCAAUAUGUAAAAUUUCAAUUUAUAAUUUGAAGUUAUAUGUGUUAUCUAUAAAAUAAGAAAACACAAGUACCUGGUUAAUACUCAUAUGCUCUUUGUUUAAAAAAUUUCACCUAUUUAUUUUAGGGUCAAAAUGUGUCCAAAUAAUACUUUUUGUGACUAAAUUCUGACUUCGACUUGAAUCUAACAAUUAGUUUCUUCUGUUGCUCUCUCUAUUGAUCAAGUUAUGUACUAUUUGUCUUUUUAUUUCGAAUCUAACUGAACCGGGUGAGGCAAUGUCCUCCUCUAAAGACAAUCUGUACCCAUUUACAGAUUUUCCUUACUCCCAAUGUUGCUUUCCAAUCACAAUCCCAUAUGCAAUCUUUCGUUUUUCUCCCUCUUCCUCUGCCGUCACUCACCAUUCUCUCAACCUAUACCUUUCAAACCCUUGCAAACCAUUCAACACUUUUUUGAGAAUACAACUUCCUCUGCGACCGAAGCUGUAGCCAUAGUUUAAACCCUAACUUGAGGCAAGAAAAUGGCACGA